GGGAAUGACAAUGAUGAACAAGAUGAUCGUGGUCUACUUCAUGAUGAUCUUCUUGGUGAACAAGACGAGGAGAUCGUGUCCAAUUCUUCUAGUACAGCAUCAUCAUCCUCGUCUGGAGACGGAGAUGACGGCUCCAGCACAUCAACUUCCGAAAUUCACACGACUCAUUCGUCCUGCAGCAGUUCGUCUAGUUCAGAGGAGGAAGACGAAACACAAGACUCUCUAUCGACGUCCACGUCCAGGAUAAUUUCGACUCCAGAACUACUUGGAACAGGAGAUCGACAGGUAUUCUUCGACUCGACCACAACGACGGCACAAGAAGACCAGUUUUCAAGAAAAACGACAUCUUCAUUGCGAAAUGAAAGUCAACGUAGGACGAGCUACUGCAACAUCAAUCAGUUUGAAGGACCGCAGCACUCUCCUUACUUCUUAACAAGUUGCAGCACUUCCACUUCUGCGUCGAAGAAUCUCCUGCUAAAUGCCCGAUCAUCCUCGCCUGCUCGCAGUUGCGGCCUUUCAACAACAUACCAACAGAAGUUGCAGCGUAGAAGAAGCACCGAUGCAGAGAGCACGCGCGAAAUGUUCACGAACUGGCUCCAAAAACGCGUGAUACAAGAGCUAGACAGGACAGGAGGAAAACACGACAGCACUUCGAGUGGCAGCUACUACUCGAACGAGGAUGGAGACGAAGACGCCUUAAAUCGAAGCUCUAGCGCUUCGGCUGCGUGCACAAGCGGCGUGUUGAAUAUGGAGGACGCCUCCUGGUCACCUCAGCCUAGUCAUCGCCCACGAGGACCACAUCAGCAAAUACUACAACAUGCUUCUUCCCGUUGCCCCUCGUCUACAUCGCACGGUUGUUCUAGUGGUUCUACUGCGGGAACUCUUUUAGACGAUUCUAUUCACGAUUUACUCCGACAAGAACAUGUUGGUUCAUAUGUUGAGCAUGUUAAAGGCGGGAAGAGAAAAAGCGCGAUUUUUAAGCAUCAUUCAUCAGGUCGCAACGCUUUUCUAUCCUGUCGGGAAGUAGAUAGGGUUACGGUUAGACAUGUGAGCAGAAGAAAGAGUUCUUGUACUAGUCCGAGUAUUCGCAAAUGCAAAAGUGCGAAUGGUUCUUCGUCUUCGACGAGACAAAAGGCAACCACUAGCAAUGCACGCCGUUCUUCGAUAAUAGCUACAACUUCAUCACACUCGCAUGUGGGAGUGAGUAGACGCGCUUCUAGCAGUUGUAGUGGUCAUCGUCAUUCUCAUUCAUCCUCCUAUUCUGAGACAAGGAAGAGCUCAACGGUUAUCUUUACGAAUCAAGAAGAUCAAGACGACGCUGACGAUGACGAGCCUGCAGCUGGCAUGAUUCGCGGUUCUCGAGCAGGACAGGGACAGGCAUCACCUCCAGCCCAUAAGCAAGGACGAAGAAGCAGUAUUUUGAAAACAUCGAGACGGCAGACGCAGAGCAACAACGCUCCGCAUUCGAGUGGGACUCCUCCUAUGCGUUCCUCUGUUCGCGGGACGACUGAAGACAGCUGCUCUACAGCACCGGUUGAGGUUGAGCUUGCAAUGAUUGGAGGAAGCUCGUCUAUGAAUAAAAACUCUUCACUUCUUGUUGUUCAUGAUGAAAAAGAAAAUUUCAUGAGGAAACGACUUCGACAACAGACUCGUGAAAAACAUCCAGAACAUCAAAUGGAUAUGGAAUUUAAAAUAACCGAAAUGGAAAAUAGUGACAUGAGUCAAGUCCAAGUCUGCCGUCUCACGACUGCGACCACAAGAAGCUCUCUAAGGACUCACAGCACAGGUUUUGUCUCCCCGGAUGAAGAUCUUCCUGUUGUUGCGAAGCCACUCUCACAUUCAUCAAGGUCAUCUCAACAACGUGACGAUGUUGAUCCAAUUGCUAUUUCGCUCGACAAUGUCAACAUCGGCAAGAUGCUGGUAAGCUCGACGGCUGUUGAACAUCAAGAGCACGACCAGUCGUCGACACAAAAAGAUACUUCUUCUGAUGGAGCGACAAGGAGACACACUCAGACGUCCACGGCUCAGUCGCCGUCAAUCAUGCUCAGUACGAGUGACAUUCAGAUGAAAACUACUGUCGAUGAAAAUGUCAUUGCAACGCACAAUAGUACCAACACAAGUCACGACAGCAGUAGCCAGCUGAGCUCUACUCUGUCGAUAUCGACGACACGAACAAGCUCGUCUGUGAUACUAGACAACUAUGGUGCGAGCUUAUCACCUCCACACUUGCGAGGUGGAGGAACACAAAGAAGCUCUAGACUACCAAAGCGAAGUUCGUUUGCUGGUGCCGGAGGAAGACCUAGGAGUAAGCCGGGUCGUGUGUCCUUCGCUACACCGCCGACGCGCAGUGAGCAGGAAGAGGAAAAUCAAAGGAUGUUUUGAGUUUGAGAUAAUUUCAAAUAUAACGACAAGAAUUGUAUAAUCAGCAAGAUGUUGUCUCGUUUUUAAAGUUGACUUUCUUCACAUCUAAUGACAAUUUUGCGAGUCUUGUUUCUUCUAGUUUUACAAAACAAGUAAUUAUGAUUUCUUUCUCACAAGCAAGAAAAAGCGGUUAUUUAAUUGGUUUUCAAAUAGCGAUUUCUAUCUCAUGAAGAACAGUUGAUUGGCAUUGGUUUUGAAAUAGCGAAUUGAGUCAAUACCUCUGCGUAAACAAGCGCGAAAUGGCAGUUGAUUGGUUACAUUGAUUCAGACGAGGAAGGUCUUGGUCUUGAUAUGAUUUUUGCUGACGUAUGGUAUUUGUAACGCGAGAAAUUAACAGUUGAUUGGAACAUGAGUUACUGUUACAACAAGGAAAAAGUAAAGGACUUCUGCGAGAUCUUCCGCGAAACGUCA